GGGAAAAGAAGGAGGAGCUUUGUAGGGCGGGAGAGUGACCUCCCGGUGGCGGGGGCGGGAAGGAGCUUUGCCGGGGUCCAGUGCUGGGCCUGGCCCGGGACACGGACGAGCUGUGCCCGGUGUCUCCUUGAGACCUGACGCGGACGGGUUUGCCGGCUCCGGGGGAUGGGGUCGGCUGCUGGAGGCGGGUAAGGGAGACGAAGAGACUUCCGUUUCCUUGUCCCAGGCAGGGGCCCGGCCGCAGAGCGGAGUUGGCAUUUCCAGCUUGGGGCUCGGGCCGUCCCAGCUCCGGGACCCUCCCCUCCGGACCAGGCCGUUCGCCGCUGGUGGUCGGAGCGGGCUCUCCUGGCGCGAAAAGGUGGACAAGUCCUAUUUUCAAGAGAAGAUGACUUUUAACAAUUUUGAAGGAUCUAAAACUUGUGUACCUGCAGACAUCAAUAAAGACGAAGAAUUUGUAGAAGAGUUUAAUAGAUUAAAAACUUUUACUAAUUUUCCAAGUAGUAGUCCUGUUUCAGCGUCAACUCUGGCCCGAGCAGGUUUUCUUUAUACUGGUGAAGGAGACACUGUGCAAUGCUUUAGUUGUCAUGCAGCAGUAGAUAGAUGGCAAUAUGGAGACUCAGCAAUUGGAAGACACAGAAAAGUAUCUCCAAAUUGCAGAUUUAUCAACGGCUUUUAUUUUGAAAGUAGUGCGGCACAACCUACAAAUCCUGGUGUCCAAAAUGGUCAAUACAAAGUUGAAAACUACCUGGGAAGCAGAAAUCAUUUUGCUCUAGACAGAUCUUCUGAGACGCACGCAGAGUAUCUUUUGCGAACAGGACAGGUUGUAGAUAAAUCAGACACCAUAUACCCAAGGAACCCUGCCAUGUGUAGUGAAGAAGCUAGAUUAAAGUCAUUUCAGAACUGGCCAGAUUAUGCCCACUUAACCCCAAGAGAAUUAGCUAGUGCUGGGCUCUACUACACGGGUAUUGAUGAUCAAGUGCAGUGCUUUUGUUGUGGUGGAAAACUGAAAAAUUGGGAGCCUUGUGAUCGUGCCUGGUCGGAACAUAGGCGACACUUUCCUAAUUGCUUCUUUGUUUUGGGCCGAAAUAUUAAUAGUCGAAGUGAAUCUGAUGCUGUGAGUUCUGAUAGGAAUUUUUCAAAUUCAACAAAUCUUCCAAGAAUUCCAGCCAUGGCAGAUUAUGAAGCACGGAUCAUAUCUUUUGGGACGUGGAUAUACUCAGUUAACAAGGAGCAGCUUGCAAGAGCUGGAUUUUUUGCUUUAGGUGAAGGUGAUAAAGUAAAGUGUUUUCACUGUGGAGGAGGGCUAACUGAUUGGAAGCCCAAUGAAGACCCUUGGGAACAGCAUGCUAAGUGGUAUCCAGGGUGUAAAUAUUUGUUAGAAGAGAAAGGACAAGAAUAUGUAAACAAUAUUCAUUUAACUCAUUCACUUGAGGAGUCUCUGGCAACAACUGCAGAAAAUACACCAUCACUAUCUAAAAGAAUUGAUGAUACCAUCUUCCAAAGUCCUAUGGUACAAGAAGCUAUACGAAUGGGAUUCAGUUCCAGGGACAUUAAGAAAAUAAUGGAAGAAAAAGUUCAGAUGUGUGGGAGCAAUUAUAAAUCACUUGAGAUUCUGGUUGCAGAUCUGGUGAAUGCUCAGAAAAACAGUACACAAGAUGAAUCAAGUCAAACUUCAUUGCAGAAAGUAGUAAAUACUUCUGAAAUUAAUCUCCUCUGAAGAUCCUCAAAAUCUCUUGGAAAGUAUCAAAUUACUGACAAGAAUAGUUGUUUAAGUAUGAAAAAGAAUGCUUGAGUACAACCCAACAUGACAUGGCGGUAGAAGCUUUGAAAUGCUGCAUAGAACACCUAGGUUUACGGUACAAGGCUCUCUCGUCCAACCUAGUACACCGGUGCAUGGGGCGUUUCCUACAGAGAAAAGCUUGCAACUAUUAAAAAUUACCUUUUCAUUUUAUUUUCGAAGAGAAACAUAUUGUUGUUUUCCUAACCUCUGUCUUUCACUACUCUAAGUGAUAUUAUUUUAAAAUCCUGAAAAUUUAAAUGAGUUUAAAAAUAAAGUAAUGGCGGCCUUAUUUUUGUUUUAUUAUGUGAAUCAGCAGUUCUUCAGCUUUGUACUAUUUUCUAUGUCGGUUUGUUUAUACAGCCAGUAGGUUGAAUUUGAGCUGUGUAGUCUAAGCCUUAAUUUUUAGUUUCAGUUUAAAGCAUUUUACAAGGGGAGAAAAGUGUUAACAUUUUAAAAGUAUGUUUUCCAGAACACUUCAUCUGUCAGUUGGUAGAUAGUUCAAGCUAGCUGUUAGUCAAGGUCUUAAGGGCUGAAUUGUUUUAACAUAAAGCUUUUCUUGUUCUUGAGGCCUCGGUUCAUCAAAAUUCUACUUUAAAAACUUGUGUGUUUUAGAGUUAAGCAACCUUUUUAUUUUUUUUUUCCUCUGUAAGUUGUGAAAUUUAAUGCUUGAAGCUGAUGUGACUAACAAGUUUAUUUUAAGAAUUGUUUAGAAAUGCUGUUGCUUCAAGUUCUUAAAAUCACUCAACACUCCAACUUCUAAUCAGGUUUUUGGAAGUCUAACAGUGUGUAUCUGUGUUCUCACUACAAAAAGCACUGUAUUCUUUCCAGUUAACUGUGUAAAAUUUGAUCACUUGGAAAGUCAAACCCGUAACUGCAUCCAAAUCUAUAGCUCCCCUCUGCUGCGUCCCCCAGCCCACUGCAUGGCUCUCGGUAUUUACAUGUAGAUGUUACUUUCCUAUAUAAAGUUCACUCAAGGGUUAAUAAGAUACCACCUAUUUUAUUGUAUUCUGGUGUUGUGCAGAUUCAAGUUAUUUUGUAAUAAACAGUUACUUAUUUAUGAUAAUUUAGUUGGCUGAUUAAAAGUCUAGCCUUAGUUUUUGAGAAAUGGGUGUAGCAUUUAUAAAAUACAUUCCAGUGCAUCAGUUAAUGCCUUUGUAUUUCCCUUUCCUGCUAGGUUUAAUUUUCUACCCCCCACCUUGAUUAGCGCUUGAGGGGGGUAGCAUAGGUAUAUUGAAUGUAUAUAAUGUGAUUUGGUCCUGUUUGUUGUUAAUGUUUUUGUUACAUUGUGUAAGUUUUGUGAUUUUUUUUCUGUUGUUAUUUUAGUGGGUAAAAAUUUGUGUUUUGAAAUUUUUGGAGAUUACCACCCUAACAUUAGGUGCAUAUGUAUCCAUUAGACACAAAUCAUUGUUUUAUUUCUGUUUACUAAGUGUUGAAGGGGAAGAGGGAAAUGGCAUGGGGCUCUGUAUCAUUGCCAUUAGAGAAAUAAAAUGGUAAGGAGUAUUUAAGACAGUUCUUGUAAGCUGAAUCUGCUUUUAAAAGAUAGCUAUUUCUUCUUUUGUGAAAUAAGAAGACUAUGUUACUAGGUUAUGAGAGUUUAAAGAAAUCAUAUAUCCUAUAAAUACUAACCCCCAUCAUAACACUGUUUUAGCUCUCCAUGUUUAGCCUUGACCUGCAAAUGUGGCUAAAACUUAGAAAUGCUUACAUGAUAACUAUUUUGAUGAUUCUUACUCAUAUUUUUUGGUGUUUUCCAUAGUGAAGGUAUAAAUUACAAUCAAUAAGUAGGUCAGAUCCUUUCAAAUGCUUAAAUUUUUUUGAAAGUAUUUGAAAAGUUAUUCUUAUGGAUUUAGUUUGAGUUUCUUCAUGAGAGGAACAGUUGACUUAUUCCUACCUUAAUCAUCAGUUUCAGUUUGACUGCUGUACACUUAACACAAGGUGAAAUUCUUUCUCAGCAUAAUAAAAUGAUAGCAUGUCAGAGAUAAAAACGAUCUGAGAGAAUAUCUUAAUCAUCCUUCAUUUUAUAGGUGAGUCAGCUGAGGCUCAAAGGUGAGGUGAUUUGCUCAAAGCUAUAUAUAGCUCAUUACUGACAGAGCCCUGCCUGGGACAGAGUGUGAAAGUGAAAAACUUCACCAAGCUGUCUUUCCCGGGAGGUCUCAAAUGUUUAUUUUUUUAACUCUUCUUUCCACUAUGCCCUAACUUUCCUUGCAUGUUAAAUGACACUUUAUAAUCGAUACAGUAGGACAAUCUUAAAUACCUAUAUCUUCAAAGUGGUCAAUACUACAUUAGUAUUUGGUUGGUAAGAUUCUGUUUUGAAGUCUAAGGCUUGCAGAAUGCAUACAGGUUUUUAGCAUUUAAUACAUAUUAUGUAUCAUUAAUGUAACAUUUAAAGUACUAUAUAAGUAUAUUUUACCGCCCUGUGUAUACUCAGUAACAAAUUUGCAUUUUUGGUUUAAUGUAAUAAAAGCUUUAAUAUAAUUUCUGUUAGUUUGCAUUUUCAUUACUGUUAAACUUAAUCUGACAGUGAUAGAUUCUCAUGUUAGUAUUGUGAAUAAUUGUGUAAUGUUUUGAGACAAAGUACUAUAUUUGUGAAUAUAAUUUUAUGACUGUUUCUCAUUUAGUAAAACUCUUUCCAUCAGUAUGGAAAACUAAGAAAAUUGCUUUCUGCUGUAUAACCUGGCAUUCAUUGUAGAUUAAAGCUUAUUUUUCUGUGAAUAAAGCUUAUUCAAUAAAGUACUAUUCUUUAAAAUGA